AAGUAGCCUAACAAAUUGAGUUUCCCAUUUCUUAUUCUUCACAACGGGUUUUCGAGGAUAAUUAUAAAUAUGGUGCAAACACAUUUCUAAAAAGAUUGUAAUUAAUUUUGAAUACGACGAGGCAUACAUUUAAAAAGGAAGAGUAGCUGCUGCUUCUGCAAAAGCUAUUGGGGAUCCAAAUAAACAAAUACUCCCUCUGAUAGUGAACUACAGAAUGGAGCAGCAGUAUGACGCCCAUGUGAUCACUUCCUGGCUCAGUCUGAGCCCCAUCUGAGUUUCACAAGGCUGAAUCUUCAAACAGUGGCGGGGAAGGACUUGAGAGGAGAGGGCCAGACAGGACAGCAGAUACCAUAACAGAAAGGAGACUGUCAUGCCUUAUAUGUUAAGUGAGGAGAAUGCCUUAGCCUUUGGACUGCUUCUCUGACCACCAACUGUGUGGGACUUCUAAGAGGCUUUAAAGUGAAGUGGUCUCUGUGUGGAGAGCUCAGCCAUAGUGCCAGGCAGUGAGAAACACCCUAUAGAGUAAGCAAACUGCUGCCAGGCUGCAGCUAUGGACCUUGAGGAGAGUGGUCCUCCCUCCUCCUCAGUGACUUCGCUGCUCUUCUCACCAUGCUGAACAAUGCUGCAUCUGUCAUCUACAUUGUGCUGGAGCUGCUGAUAGCUGUACUGUCUGUGUUGGGCAAUGUGCUGGUCUGCUGGGCCGUCUGUCUCAACAGCAACCUGCAGAGCAUCACCAACUUCUUUGUGGUGUCCCUGGCGGUGGCAGACAUUGCUGUGGGAGUGCUGGGUAUCCCCUUUGCCAUCGUCAUCAGCACAGGCUUCUGCUCCAACUUCUAUGGUUGCCUCUUCAUUGCUUGCUUUGUGCUGGUGCUCACCCAGAGCUCCAUCUUCAGCCUGCUGGCCAUUGCCAUAGACCGCUACAUCGCUAUCAAGAUGCCCCUCAGGUACAAUAGCCUGGUGACAGGCCAGCGUGCCAAGGGGAUAAUUGCUGUCUGCUGGGUGCUGUCCAUCAUCAUCGGCCUGACCCCGAUGCUGGGCUGGAAUAAGUCCACUGAGCGCCCCAACAGCACCUGUCCCCCAGGCCUGAUGGAGUGCCUGUUUGAGGAUGUGGUGGUCAUGGACUAUAUGGUCUACUUUAACUUCUUCGCCUGUGUGCUGAUGCCUCUGCUGCUCAUGCUGGUCAUCUACCUGCGGAUCUUCAUGGCAGCUCGGCAUCAGCUGAAGCUCAUAGAACUGAAGGCUGUCCAUGGGGGGAAGUCCCACUCCACCCUGCAGAAGGAGGUCCAGGCGGCCAAGUCGCUGGCCAUCAUCGUGGGCCUGUUUGCCAUCUGUUGGCUGCCGCUGCACAUCAUCAACUGCUUCACCCUGUUCUGCCCUCAGUGUGCCCGCCCGCCCCUCUGGAUCAUAUACGUUGCCAUCAUCCUCUCUCACGGCAACUCAGUGGUCAACCCCUUCAUCUACGCAAACCGCAUCCAGGAGUUCCGCCACACCUUCAAGAGGGUCAUCCGCCGCCAUGUCCUGUUCCGCCGGGAUCUGUUUGACAGUGGUGGCAGCAGCCACACCUCCACCCACAACAGUAUCAGCGGCUCAGUAAGGGUUAAGGCCAAUGGCCUCCGCUUCGACCUCUUUACCGAGCACAACAGCAGCAGCUGUGAGAGCUCCCACCCCUGUCAUAGCCAUAUCAAACCUGCAGGCGGCGUUCUGAAGUCAGCGCCCAUUCACAACCACCCUCUUACCGUGAUUAGCUCCCACAAUGACAGGGAAAGCCCCCCUGUGCCACAGCCUCUCAGACAGACACAUACACACCCGUUAUGUCAUCCCCUGCAGUAUGGGGACCAGCAGCAGCAGUCUCAGAAAGGUCCGGAGGUGGAAGAGGUAAAGGACAGGCAGGAUCUCUCCCCUGUCCAGGUCAAAACACUGUUCUAUAAACAUAAAACCUGCUUCACUGAGCUCACUGAGGUGUCCUAAUGGACACAGAAUGGGCAUUAGACAGCUACAAAGGAUCCUUAUCACCUGGCCUUUGGUGUGAAAUUACUGCUGAUGUGUACAUUUUGAGUCAGCUCAGAGUAUAUUACUGGGCAGUCAGGCUCACAAUCUGAGGAUCAGAGUUUGUUUGUAUCCAGAUGGUCUAAUUCCACAUACUUGGAGGCAUUCUAUCGCCAGGGAUUGUAACCGUUGGUCCUGAAUGAGCACGAAACGAGGACCUACACAAAGGCAGGCAUGCAAAGCCUACUGUACAUUCACAAUGCGGAAGAGAACAACUUAUUUUGGGGGCAUGAACAAUUCUAUUUAAAUUUGCAAACAAAAAUCAUUUUAGUUAUUUAUGGAAGAAAUGUUAAUGUGACUCGAAUGGUUAAAUGUGAUUCUGUUUACGAUGUUUAUUCUCUUGCUCUGUGACGUGUCUGGUGCUUAAAUCGGAAUCCUCACAAUUGACGUUUGUUCUACGAUAACUGGUGAGGUUUUAAUAAAUCACCUUUAUGAUGAA